AUGGCAAAUGAGCCGAGGGAGUACAGGAAAGGAAACUGGACUAUUGAAGAAACAAUGGUUCUUAUAGAAGCAAAGAAAAUGGAUGAUGAGAGACGAUUAAUGAUUAGGCAUGGUGGCGAAAGCAGUAGUGCUCAUGAGAGAGGCAAACCGGGGGAGUUAAGAUGGAAACGCGUGGAAGAUUAUUGCUGGAAGAACGGGUGUUUCAGAAGCCAAAACCAGUGUAAUGAUAAGUGGGAUAAUUUGAUGAGAGAUUUUAAGAAAGUGAGAGAGUAUCAGAGGAGAGUGGCGGCGGAGAGAGGCGAAGAGAAAUCUUAUUGGAAGAUGGAGAAGAAUCAGAGGAAGGAACAUGGUUUGCCUUCAAAUAUGUUGCCCCAGAUAUUUGAUGCAUUGUUCGAGGUGGUGGAGAGGAAAGUGGUAGUGGGCGGUGGCGGUGGCGGGAUUGAAACUUCAAAUGUCAAUCCUAUUCAGGCCGCUGCAGCUCAAACGAUGCUUUUACCUCUCCCGCCACCCGCGCAACCACCUAGCCGCCCCUUUGCUGAGCCGUCGCUGCCCACAGCAGAUUCUGAUACAAGUGGGCAUUCAGACUCGCCAGCCAAGAGAAGAAGAAGAAGAGAACGAGGCGGUGGUGGUGGCGGAGGAGGAGGAGAAGGCGACGCCGCCGCGGGUGACAGCAGUUUACAAGAAGUUUGCAGUGCAAUUUCCCAAAGUGGUUCCAUUAUAGCAGAAGCAAUUCAUUCAUGUGAAGAGAGAGAAGAGAGAAGACACAGAGAAGUGUUGAGGUUGCAUGAGAGAAGACUGCAACUUGAGGAGUCAAAUGCUCAGAUUAACAGACAAGGCAUGAAUGGCCUUGUUGAUGCCAUUAACAAACUGGCAAAUUCUAUUCUUGCUUUAGCUUCCCACAAAAACCAACCAGAUUCUAAAUAA